CAGAGGAGACACUCGCCCAGUGUGAGUGAACCAUGACUUAGGAGGAGACUGAGAGCAUCAGCAGACCAUCGGAGAAGCACCUCUCACAGAAGAAAGGACCAAAAAGGGGGGAGGAGAAAAAGUAAAAAACACCAUGGGAUUCCAAGAUCUCUUCAAUGAUUGUAUCCUUGGCUUCUGCGACUAUGAAACCCCAAAGAUUAUAGUGGUUAAAAACAGAACUCUUGGAAUCAUCUACAGAGGAGUGCAGUUUCUCGUGAUCACUUAUUUCAUAUGGUAUGUCUUCAUCAGUCAGAAGGCCUAUCAGGAGAGCGAGACACGGCCACAGAGCUCUGUCCACACGCAGAUGAGAGGCACAGCCAUGCUUGGAGAAAACGUGCUGGACAUGGUGGAGUAUGUCAGACCCUCAGAGGGUGGUGAUGUCAUCAGCGUCAUAUUACGCAGAGAGGUCACGCAUAAUCAAACACUGGGGGUGUGUGCAGAGCAUUAUUCCGUCCCCAAUGCCAGCUGCACCAAACAUUCCGAUUGCGUUGAAGGAGAUGUCGACUUUGCUGGCAAUGGAAGGAGAACAGGACGCUGUGUGCCCUAUUACAACCACACCUUCAAGACCUGUGAGAUCAUGACGUGGUGUCCAAUUGAGAGCUUUGCAGCUGUCAGUGAGCCAGCGCUGCAGGAGGCCAUAAACUUUACAGUCUUCAUCAAGAACACAAUUCACUUUUCCAAAUUCAAAGUUCUAAGAUCUAACAUCAAACCUAAAAGUAUGAGAUAUCUGCGCCAUUGUACGUACAAUGAAGUAACAGACCCCUACUGCCCCGUCUUCCGGCUGGGCUAUAUCGCACAGCAGGCCAGGGAGAAUUUCAAAGAGUUAUGCAAAACAGGAGGAGUUAUCGGGGUCUUCAUUAACUGGAAAUGUGACUUCGACCUGGAUCCCUAUGACUGCAUCCCUACCUAUUCAUUCCGCCGGCUGAACCUCAACAAGAACUCACCUUUGCCUGGAUAUGACUUCAGGUUUGCCAAGUAUUACCACAGGGAUGGCAAGGAAUUCCGAACCCUUAUCAAAGCCUAUGGGAUUCGCCUGGAUGUCAUUGUCCAUGGGCAUGCUGGCAAAUUCACUCUCAUUCCUACUAUUAUCAACAUGGUGACAGCCAUGACAUCAGUUGGAAUUUGCUCCAUUAUCUGCGAUUGGGUACUGCUAACUUUCAUUGACAAGAACGAGGUCUACAGUCAGAAGAAGUUUGAUGAGGUUUCUACGGAAGAUGCUGUGUCUUCUAUUCCGAUGACAACAACUGGACUCACCAUCACACCUUAUGGAUCCAAUCACUCUGAUCUCUCUGAGGGUGUGGCACUCUGAUGCUCUGCAGCGCUCGGACUCUAGAGGCACAGCACUUCAGUACACGGAUAGCAAUGUGUUUAUGACUAGAGACGGCGGUAGGGUGUAAUUUCUCGCAAGUGGGCAUUACAGACAUGGGGACCAUUUGAUAUGGUACUCUUGGAGGCAAAUGGUGCCUCAGAGGGGCCACCUUCUGUACAGAACAAAAAGGAUAUCAGAUGCCAAAGAAACUCCAGAGACCCUUUGCGCGCUCAUUGCAGAUAACUCCCCUUUAAGCAGCAUUCUAUGGUUGUUGAGUGGCAGGAGAUACCCUUAAAACCAUUAACCUAGUUGCAGAAAAUAUAAAUGAAUUUAACAUUUUCCUGCACUGUUAAGCCACUUGAAUUUUAUAUGAUCCUCAUUCUCACAGUUAAUCUCAGGAAAGCCCUAAGAACCCACCUAAGAUACUCCUAAUGAAAAGCACAUUUCAAAACAGUAGACCAUACCUUUGUGCACUAUGGCUAUAUGUUCUACAGUACUUCAAUAAUCAUUGUAAGAGUGCACUUUUUUCUCAGUUAUUUUGAC